AUGGCUGCUAUGGUCGGGUCGAGACCGUCGGAGACCGCUUCAUCGCGUAAAAGACCAUCCUCAAUCAGCGGCGAGAAGCGAGCAUCGCGCUUUGUCUUAUCGGCGACGAGUACAGGCAAUAAGUCUUUCGAUCAAGAGCAGCAGUUGAGCCAGAGGUUUUGGGAUGACGUCGACCGGCAUUCAAUGACGCCGGCCCGCAAACAACCGAAAAAAGUAGUCAUGUCUGGUGGUGGUGUCGUGGGGUGUGUAGCUGGGGAUCCCGUCCUGCAGGCUUCCUCUGCCGAUCCCACCAACGCGAGUCUUUGGAAGGCCUUCGAAAGAACAUUUCAUCCCACCCUCUCGGGUCACCCUUAA